AUGAAGGUUGAUGUGGAAGUUAUCUCUCAAGAAACUGUCAAACCCUCUUCAUUGACCCCACACCACCUCCGCCAUUACACCCUCUCCUUCAUCGAUCAAACCACACCUCAAAUUUUCAUGCCUCUUGUUCUCUUUUAUUCGAGUGAUGUCAAUAUUGAUCCCAGUAGCGUCGUAGAUUGCCAAGAACGGAUUAAGAAAUCUUUAUCCGAGGCUUUGGUGUUAUUUUACCCGCUAGCAGGCCGAGUUAAAGACAAUUAUCACGUUGAAUGCAACGAUGGGGGAGUUCACUAUGUGGAAGCCAAGGUCAACUGUACUCUUUCAGAAUUUCUUGAGGAUCCUAACCCUUCGGAGCUAAUCAAAUUUCUGCCAUACGACCUAGACGAUUGCAAUGAACUACCCAUGGCCGUCCAAGUCAACUCUUUUAAUUGUGGUGGGAUUGUCAUCGGGCUGGUCUUUGCCCACAAGGUUUUGGAUGCUUCCUCACUUUUCUUGUUCCUCAACAACUGGGCUGCUAUUGCUCGUGGUGGUAGCAACAUAGUUACUCCACUAUUCGAAUCUGCCAUGUUCUUCCCUCCAAAAGCUUUUCCUACCUAUAAUCCAAGUAGGGGGACAGGAAAGAUAAAGAUUGCAAUCAAGAGAUUUGUCUUUGAUUCGUCUGCAAUAGAGCGCCUUAAGGCCAAAUAUAGCAGUGACAAUUUGAGCACCGAAUACCCAGGCCCCAUUCGUGUGGAGGCUUUAUCAACUUUCAUAUUCAGUCGGUUAUUGGCUGCUACUCGAGUAGAAGAAGAUCCUAACAAGUCAUACGCCAUAUUUCAGGUCGCAAACCUCCGCACGAGGAUGAACCCGCCGCUUUCUGAAAACUAUUUUGGGAACAUGAUUUUGGGCACAGGUUCUGUAAUAUGCCGAGACACUGUGGAUAGUUUUCACGACAUAAUUAUUCCUGUGAGAGAUGCCCUUAGGAAAGUUGACAUGAACUUUGCGAAAAGGUUUCAAGAGAGUGGUGCUAAUUUAACUUUUCUUUUGCAAAACAAGGAUAUAUUGAAGAAAGGAGAGGUGAUUAUGCUGGUCUUUACCAGUUUGUGCAGGUUUCCUGCAUAUAAAAUAGAUUUUGGGUGGGGAAAACCCGUAUGGGUAGGCUCCGUUAGAUUGUUGUUCAAGAAUUUAGUUACUUUCUUCGACACAAAAGCAGGGAGUGGGAUAGAGGUAUGGAUUAACUUGGAUGAGCAGGACAUGGCUAAAUUUGAAGUCGACAUGGAACUCCUGGAUUAUGUUUCGUCACGCAAGAUUUCUGUGGAUUAG